AUGAAAGAUAGAUUGCAACAUCAGAAUGUUCGCUGCAACCAAACAACAAAUGAAGCAGAUGAAAGACGAGAAGUUAACAGACAGCAAAUUAUUAGUUACGGACGAGUUGAAAAUGACGAAGAUAUAGAACAACUUCAAGAGGAGACUAGAGCAAGGAUGGCUCAGAUUUCUUUACAAAGAGAGGAAGAACAUGAUGAAAUGCUGCAUCUACAACAAGCAAAUGAGGCUGAACACCCGGCAGAAAUGGUUAUUGUUGAGACAGAAGAAGAGCGACAACAUCGUUUGGAAUAUCUUGCGCAAAAUCGAACUAAUCGAGCAACGAGAACACACCAAGCUGCUCAGAAACAAAUAGACAACGAAUAUUUUGUACCAGUUCAUCACUGUGGAAAAAUGGACGAGGUCUGUGAUUACUGUGGCGCAAGACAUUUCAAAGGAGAGAAAACGUCUGAUCGAAAGUUCCGCAUUUGUUGUUCAAGAGGAAAAGUCAUUCUUCCUCCACCUAGAGAAUGCCCUGAAUUGCUAUACCAUCUCUUCACCGACAGUCAUCCAAAAUCUCCUCAUUUCUUGAAAAUGAUAAGAAAUUACAAUAACGCUCUUGCCUUCGCAUCCAUGGGAGCACAAAUCGACAGUCCACCAGGUCGCGGCCCCUAUUGCUUUCGAAUCCACGGGCAGAUAUAUCACAAUACAACAGCUAUUGGAUACCAACACGAAGACAAUGCUCCAAAAUACGCCCAACUGUAUUUCAUUGAUUCUUCUCAGGCAAACGAAUUUCGGGCCAGUAAUCCUGCCAACGUUCGCUGUGACCGUUUUCUGAUGGAACAAUUGGAUUCUCUUCUUCGUCAAUGUAAUCCCUAUGCUGCCAUGUAUAAGAAUAUGAGUCAAAUGGCAGCCGAGGAGGAUCUUCUUGCCGAAAUGGAGGGUAGAAGACCCAUGGAAAUUGGAAUGAUUAUCCGUAAUGACCGUCGGACACAGGAUGAGAGGCGUUACAACAGCCCCACAGGAGAAGAAAUAGCAGUGGUUUUCAAAAGCAUUGAUGGUGCUCCACCCGAAAAUAGGGAUAUACGCGGCCAUCUCUUAAUUCCACGAAGAGGAAAUCGAUUCAUUCUAAUCGACACUCAAAAACCAAUGUGCGAUCCCAUGACAUAUCCAUUACUCUUUCCUAAUGGAGACAAUGGCUGGGAUCAGAACAUGAUUCACACCAAUCCAGCUAUUUCAGAUAACUACCAAAAUAAUGAAAGCAAUUGCUCACAAGAAGAUGAUAUGAUGGAUUGUGAAGCUCAAGUUCUAUGUGAUACUCCAGAUAAUCCUGUACCAGACGUUGUAGAACCGGAACUGGAACCGGAAGAUGCCCUUGAUAUAGACCCUGAUGCACCUGUAGUGAGAAGAGUUGGUCAUCGGUCAAGAAUCACACAAUGCGAAUUCUAUAGCAGCAGAAUGUCCAUUCGUGGAUACUUCAACGCAGCCUUAUACGGCGGUCCACUCACUCAGCAGUGGAUAGUUGAUUCGUACGUUAAAGUUGAAGCUAACCGAGUGAAGUAUGUUCAGACACAUCAGGCAGAUCUACACGUCGCGCAGUACAAUGGACUUAUGGAUUAUUUGAAUACUCGAGCGGAAAGAGAGAACAUGACUGUCGGGACUUCGGUCAUCUUACCAUCAUCUUUCAUUGGAAGUCCAAGGGCCAUGAAGCAGGGGUACCAAGACGCGAUGGCUAUUUGUGGAAAAUUUGGAAAGCCCACCUUUUUCCUUACUUUUACCUGCAACCCGAAAUGGCCAGAGAUCACAGAAAAUAUUGAAGCUUACCAAAUUCCAUCGAAUAGGCCUGAUAUUGUUUCAAGAGUCUAUCAUCUUAAACUGAAAGAAUUAAUAAAGGAUAUUCAAGAACGUCAAAUUUUGGGGAUUAUUGUUGCGAGGAUUCAUGUCAUCGAAUUCCAGAAGCGUGGUCUUCCACAUGUCGAUCUACUGAUGUGGAUAGAUGAGAAUGACGUUCCAACAACUGAAGAAGAUAUAGACACAUCUUCUUUCGACAAGACGAUAUGUGCUGAAAUUCCGGAUCCAGAAGUGAACCCGAUACUUCACAAGAUUGUAAUGAGCAACAUGAUUCACGGCCCAUGCGGAAAGGAAAUUAAUCGCAAUUCUCCUUGCAUGGAUGGUGAUAUAUGCACAAAAUUGUUUCCAAAACCAUUUGCGGAAGAAACGAUCAUCAACGGAAAUGGAUAUCCCACUUAUCGAAGGAGAAAUAACGGUCGUAGCUACUCGCUCAAUAACAACAGCAGCAGUCACCGAGUGGACAACAGCUGGGUCGUCCCCUACAACCCUUAA